AUGGCUAUUUUCAGAUCUAAAUCGUCCAAAAAGGACGGUUAUCAAGACGGAGAAGUAAGAUUAUCGAAACAAGACUUUGAUUCAUACAAGAUGACCACCAACAACAUGCACGAUCCGAUUUUAUCGGCCGUGAACGAAGCACAACCCUUCGAACAAGCAGCAGAACAUGACCAAAGAAGACCAUCAUACUUAUCUCAAGAAUCAUCCGAGUUAAAGGACAUUUUUGGAAACAGUAUUAGACAGGCCGAUAUCUCGAACCCAACCAGAUCAAGAAACGAAAGACCUUUGGACACUAUCCGUACGUUCGAGUACGCUAUCACCGGAGACCCAACCUACAGAGACCAAAUGGAAACACAAAGAUUAGGAUGGGGAUUCCAUGAAGAUUUUACAUACCACAAUAUGGGUGCCAGAGAUACGAGUGCUAAUGGUGCAGGUGAGUACGAAAGGCCUGUUAUCAACUUUGGUGCCAGUGAUAACCAAGGUGUCUACCAGGCCGCUAACUACAGUGCUACAUCGUUGCAACCGGAAGCUAAGAAGAAGAAGAAGAAGGGGUUAUUUGGCCGUAAGAAGUAG